UUCCCCGUCGAAAAAUUCGCAUUUAUUGCCCAAUGUGCGUUUGCCUGUGGCCCAAAAAAACAACCUAAAAAAACACAUUGUCGCGUGACGCAACUGAGAAACCGAAACUUUCUAGUUUGGUCUGCUGCGGUAUCAGUGCAUGCAUACAUCCUCUUUUUUUCUCUCUUUAUAUACUGUAUAUAGCCGGGGCCAAAACACAUUCGCAGCGCCACUGUGCUUUUUAGGGCUGAGAUUAACGAGUUCGGAUCGGUUGCUUCCGUCUGGUCCUGCGGCAGACUCACGCCAAGCAAGCGUCCCAAAGAUGGCCGCCAGCAGACGGAGACCCUACGGAGACAUCAUGAACAUCGACACGACAGGAGCGUCGGCUGAUACAGCGAACCAGGACAGACUCGGAUUCGAUGGACCGGCAGCUUCUCAUCAGCUGGUCAAGACUGACGACUGCCGCCUGAAGAGCUACAAGGACCGCAUCAUGGACGCUGCCGCCACCACGGGCGUGGACCCGGCCAUCGUGGCCGCGAUCGUCUCCCGCGAGUCCCGCGCUGGCAACGUCCUCGACAACGGCUGGGGCGACAAUGGGAAUGCCUUUGGGCUCAUGCAGAUUGACAAGCGCUACCACACGCCCCUAGAAGGUGCUUACGACAGCGUGGAGCACCUGGUGCAAGGCUCGAAGAUCCUCAUUGACAUGUUCAACACGAUCCAAGUCAAGUUCCCCACCUGGACAGCAGAACAGCAGCUCAAAGGAGCCAUCUCCGCUUACAAUGCGGGUCCAAGGAACGUGCGCAGCUACGACAAGAUGGACGUUGGCACCACUGGCAAUGACUACGCCAACGACGUGGUGGCUCGGGCCCAGUGGCUCCGUAGGAAUCUGCGAUUCUAAAGCACGGGCUCACCCCCCCAUCCCCCCCCCCUCUAGGUACCCCACCACCUACAAUAUCCCCCGGCUCCCC